AUGCCUUGGAAGACUGUCCUUAGCGAGCUUUCUCAAGCCGUCCGAAACAAUGUUGACAAGAUCACGAGAAUUUUGCCAGACAACUUGACCACCCGGAGCAAUGCUGUUAAAACGGUUGACCUACGCAUAGACGUUCAUCAAGAUUCAAAAAAUCCAAAUAAAGCUGUCGCGAAAGUCCAGGCCAAUGCACAGGCCAACGACAGCGCUGUCAAAGAUUAUAUAAAAUCUGGGAACAAGGGUGAUAGUCACAAGGGAACGCACAAGAAUAUCACCCAGAUACCCUUUGAUCGCACCUCCUUCGACAUCGAAGAUUUCAUUUCGAAAAUCGAGAAUGUGCGCAAAUAG